AUGGCUGAUAAAAAAACAAGUGAGGAUAGUGAAGGUAAAUCAGACAUAGAAGAAUCAAAAUCUUCAUCGGAUCAUCUAACAACAAAAUCUCAAUCGGAUACCAAAAUAAAUUCAGACAAGUCAGUCGAUAAUGCUAAAACAGAGGAAAAAGAAGAUAGAACUGUGGAAGAAAUCGAUAAAGAAUUAGACAACUUACGUCCAAAACCACCAUCACCAGAAACAAAGAAAAAAAUUCUCAUAGAAGAACAAAAAUACGAUGCUCAGAAAAGUAACGAAGAAGAAGAAAAGUCGAAAAAGAAAGAUAGUAAAGAUGAUCAGAAACAGCAAUCAGAGACAUCGUCGAAUGAUAUCCAUAAGCUAACGCCGAAUCAACCUGAUCCAUCGGUAGAAAAUAUAAAAAUUCCCGUGUUGACUGAAGACGGGCACAUUGAAUUAAAACUUCAACAAGGAAGUACGUUGUCCAAUAAAACAAAAGACUCAAAUCAACAACUUCAGACAGAUUCAAGUGAUCAAAUUAUGAAUGAUGAUAGUAUUCAUGUACGACUUGGUGAUAUUAAGAAUGUUCAAAAUUUAAUGGAAAAUAUUAAAAAUAAAACGAAUAAUGAACAAAUCGUUAUUGAUAAAAAAGAUACUAAUUCAAGAAAUCAACAAUAA